GUUCUAAAGCAACUGAAGGAACUGAAGCAAACCGAAGAAGACAACAAGAAGUAAUUGUAUUAUGACACGUGGACUACGCCACUGAGCAUAGAGAGUAGAGAGACGUAAAUACACACUGGCGUAAAAUCCUGUAAAACGAAGAAAAAAAUUAUUUGGAGAUAAUCGUCACUGGUCGUCACGAAUCGUCAUAAAUUCAAGUGAAGAUGAGUAAAAGGAAAGCUCCGAGCAGUUCAAGUAAUCCAAAUUAUGAUCUCUGCGAGUUUCUUACAGAACUUGCUAACUAUGAACGUAAUGUAAGCAAAAAUGUUUACAAAUAUAAUGCAUAUCGAAAAGCGGCUAGUAGCUUGAGCGCACUUCCUCAAAGAGUUAAAAGCGGUGAAGAAGCUAAAAAAUUACCUGGUAUUGGAGAAAAAAUUGCCAAAAAGAUAGAUGAGUUUCUAGAAACUGGAAAGCUACGCAAACUGGAAGAAAUUAACAAGGAUGAAAAUAACAUUGCUAUUAAUUUGUUGACAAGAGUCUCUGGUAUUGGACCAUCGAAAGCAAAGGAAUUAGUUAAUAGUGGUGUCAAAACUAUAGAAGAUCUUAAACAAAUUCUAGAAAGGCUAACACAUCAUCAAAGGAUUGGUUUAAAAUACUUCGAUGAUUUUGAAAAAAGGAUCCCUAGACAUGAGAUUCAAAGUAUAGAAAAACUUAUAUCUGAGACCAUUGGUGAUAAAGGAUACAUUGUUACAAUCUGUGGAAGUUAUAGACGGGCAAAAGAAACAAGUGGAGAUAUUGAUGUAUUAAUUACUCAUGCCAAUUACACAAGUACUGAAAAAGAAUCUAAAAAAAAGUGUACACUGCUCAAAGAUGUUGUUGAAAUGCUUGAAGAAAAGAAUUUGAUAACAGACAGAAUUUCUCUUGGAGAAACAAAAUUUAUGGGUGUUUGUCAACUUCCAUCAAACAAAGAAUUACCGCAUCGACGAUUGGAUAUAAGAUUGGUACCUCAUGAUCAGUACUAUUGUGCAGUACUUUACUUCACUGGAAGUGAUAUGUUUAACAAAAAUAUGCGAGCACAUGCACUGGAACGUAAAUAUACAUUGAAUGAGUAUACUUUGAGACGACUUAACGCUCAAGGCAAUCCUGGAGAAGUUAUAAAUGUUUCAAGCGAAGAAGAUAUUUUUAAGACAUUAGGUUUGCCAUAUAAAGAUCCCAAAGAUCGAGAUUCCUAAAUAUUUGUCAAUCACCACUUUUUACCAAUAAUAAGAUUCACUUAAUAUGAAACAAUAACGGCGACGUUUCAAAUUACCAAAGUUAUAUAUUUCCUUGCUUACAUUUAAGCAAAUUAUCAGUUAUAUUUUAAAAAAACCUAUGUACUUAGUAAUGUGUUAGUAUAACCAUACCGUGCGUACACUUUUACACAAAAGCGUAACAAUAUACAUAUGUUUAUGCUUUAACCAAGAAUAUAUAUCUAUUUAAACUAUGUAAUUAUAAUUUUGUAACUUAAUAGGUUAAUAUAUCAACUAUGUUUACAGC